UUUCUUUGUUACAUGAAUGCAGGUCUUUAUUUCUCUCCAUGUGUGCACGUCUCUCUAUUUUAAUAACUAUCAUUGUGAAUCUUUAUUGUAAGUUUUGAAAUGCCUUUUUGUCAUACUACACUAGAUGACGAACAACACUUUCAUUAUCAAUGCUCUGAGCAUGGAAACUUAAAACAUCGAUGCCUGCCAUUGGAAAUCGAUGUUUGUUGCGUAACCAUAGACAACAAUCCUAGAGACAAAUAAAAGCCUUGCGGAAUAUCUGGCGAGCCCAGACGGGGAUCGAAUCAGGGAGAACCCGUGAGUCAGGGUUUCCCUCCCAGCAGAAGUGAAAAAAGAAACCAAAAGUACAAGUUUACUUUCUAGACGUUUAAUCCUUUUAUUAGGAAGACACUAGGGGAGGAUGCCCGUGUACCAGCCCAAGGUUCCUGUCUGUGUGGCCAUCGGAUGUAGCGCGGUGGCCUUGGUGUGCCAGUUCGUGGCUGUAGUCGGAACCGGGUGGAUGACAUCGACCCUUUAUGGUUCAUCCCAGUCUGGGCUGUUCUGUGCUAAAGGCAGUUGUGAUAAUGAUACUGGAGAUGGUGGCUGGAUAAAAGCUUGCCAGGCCUUCUCCAUUCUGGCACUGCUGACUAUUACCGCCAGUCUUGUUCUCGGAGUUGUCCACAUCUUCAAAGAAGACACACAGAAGCUGACACUUCUUGCUCGGCUUUGCAGUCUUGCCGCGGCCGUUUGCGUGGCAGUGGAAGUGGGAGUAUACCUCGGUAAAACUUUAUCGGGUGUCAUUCAACUUUGGCCUGUGCUUUUUUACGGGUACUGCUUCUUCCUGUCAGUCGUUGCUGGUAUCUUGAUGAUCGUGGCCGUCAUCCUUCAUAAGCCUUAAUGGUGACAAUGGUGCGGAUGGCAUGUGUCACAUAUGAGCACACUUGUACCACUCUGGCUUUUUAAUUUAUUCUGUUGAUAAAAAAUGUGGAAAGUUUUUGCCCAAGCCGGCAUCCAUGAGUUGUGAUCAAGAAAGCCGCGAGUCUAGUAAAGUUAGCACUUAGAUAUAAUUAUUUAGUAAUGCCGGACUUUGUUUCUCUCGGGCUCUCUCUCUCUGUAAACAUAUAGACACUCUUUUUUUUGGCUCUGGUUUUGCUUUUUCUUUGUUGCACAUGUUGUGGCAUCACACCCUUGUUCUAUUAGAUUGUGAAUGUUAAGUGAUUUUGAAUGGAGAGGAGUUCUGUAGCUUUAUCUUCCAUGACCUGCACACCACUUUUCAUUUUAGUGGACAGUUUAGGUAGGUGUAGCCUCCCGUGUGUGUUAAAGUGUGAUGAAUGUGUUGGCCACAGAGA